AUGGAAAAUCUUGAAGCAAUUACAUUCGCAAUGGCUGCAUUUUUCUCAUUUCUGUUAUGGAGGGUGUUGUAUUCGUGCUGGGUUUUGCCCAUUAGGGCUUACAGAAAGCUCGUUAUUAAUGGGUUUUCUGGCCCACCUCCAAGUUUUCCUCUAGGAAACACCACUGCGAUGAAGAAGACCAAGAGAGUCGAAUCUUCUUCUUCAUCUUCAACGGUUUCUAAUGAUAUUCAUUCCAGUGUGUUUCCUUACUUUGCUCAAUGGCAAAAAUCCCAUGGGAAGGUGUUUAUGUACUGGCUAGGAACUGAGCCAUUUCUGUAUAUUGCUGAUCCAGAAUUCUUGAAGAAAAUAUCAUCUGGGGUUAUGGGGAAAAGCUGGGGGAAACCAACAGUGUUCAAAAACGACAGAAAACCCAUGUUUGGUGAUGGUUUGAUUAUGGUGGAAGGUGAUGAUUGGGUUCGACAUCGUCAUGUUAUAACUCCUGCAUUCUCCCCUGCUAACUUGAAGGCAAUGACAAGCAUGAUGGUGGAGACUACGAAAAGCAUGCUAGACAGAUGGACGGAGUUGAUAAACUCCGGGAAUCCAGAGAUCGAAGCAGAGGGAGAAAUCAUAACGACGGCAGGUGAAAUCAUAGCAAAAACAAGCUUCGGAAUGAAUUUCGAAAACGGGAGAGCAGUGUUCCAGAAACUAAGAGCCAUGCAAGUAACACUAUUCAAGUCGAAUCGUUACGUAGGUGUACCUUUCAGCAAGUACUUGUGCUUGGGACAAAAUCUUGAAGCAGAAAGACUAGGGAAAGAGAUAGACGCCCUACUGUUAUCGAUCAUAGUAGAUAGAAAGAAAUCCAUGGCAGAAAACGGAGGUGGUAAAGAACAUGGGCAGAAUCUUUUAGGAAUUUUGCUGGAAGAAACUCAUGUGGAGGGACAAAAAGGAAGGAAAUUGAGUACGAGUGAGCUGGUGGAUGAGUGCAAGACGUUCUUUUUUGGUGGGCAUGAGACCACGGCGUUGGCCAUCACCUGGAGCUUACUGCUCUUAGCGGUGCACCCCAUGUGGCAGCAUGAGCUUAGAGAAGAAAUCAAGCAGGUGAUUGGAGAUGGUGACAUUGAUGCAACCAUGGUUGCUGGUCUAAAGAAGAUGAGUUGGGUAAUGAAGGAAGUCUUACGACUAUACCCUUCAGCUCCAAACGUGCAAAGACAAGUUCGUGGUGACAUUCGAGUGGACCAAGAUUCCAUAAUCCCAGAUGGCACCAACAUAUGGAUUGACGUAGUGGCAAUGCACCAUGAUUAUGAUUUAUGGGGUAACGAUGUCAAUGAAUUCAAACCUGAGCGAUUUAAGGAUGAUUUGCAUGGUGGGUGUCAACACAAAAUGGGCUAUUUGCCUUUCGGGUUUGGAGGUCGAAUGUGUGUUGGUAGAAACUUGAGCGCAAUGGAGUACAAGAUCAUGUUGAGCUUAAUCUUAACUAGGUUUUCAUUUUCAUUGUCUCCAAAUUACAUUCAUUUGCCAUCUAUUAUGCUUUCUCUUAGGCCUAUGCAAGGGUUGCCUCUAAUUAUGAAACCCCUGUAG